AUAACCUAUUUUACAUUCACCGGAAUCUCCCCUCCCCUGCAAUUUUUAGGCAUCCAAACCUCCCAACAACGAUCGAUUCUCCGGCGACCUCCAAAGCCACACUGCUGAUCGGAGAUAGAGAGGAGCAGAGGAUGAACACCAACUUUGCCGUUGAGCUAUUCGGAGAAGACGAUGAUGAGGACAACUAUUCAAACGACGAGCAACAAAACCAUCCCCAGCAGCAGCAGUCUUCUGCUUCACAAUCGUCUUCUUCGUCGUCUUCCGCCGCCGCUUCCUCUUCAUCCGCCUCUUCCGGUGGCUCUUCAUCGCCUUCGUCGUCCAAUAGAAGUAGCCGUAGUAGCAGCGGAAGCGGAAGCCACAGAGACGAAGACGACAAUGGGGAAGUGCGGUCUUUUGACAACGUUGUUAUUAGCAGUGAUCAGAAAUACGAGAAUGAGGGAAAAGGUGAAGAUAAGGAUCUGUUUGGGUCAGACAAUGAUGAUUAUGUGAAAACGCAUGCCACUAGUCCCUACCCAGUUCCUGUUUUGCCACCUGUGCGUAAUACAAACAAUCAACCAAGAGGAGGCAUUGGGCGUGGUCGUUGGCAGAAUGGUAGAGGGAAUGGCAUCCUUCCUUCUCCCAAUUAUCCUCCAAGGCCAAAUUAUGGGUAUGGUUCAAAGUUCCCCAAUGCUCCUCGUGAUGAGCGUUUUGUCUCUGAGCUGAAGUUUGCAAAGAGUGAAGAAACAUUGGCGAGAAAAUCCACAACAAUUCAACAGCCUUGUGAACUUGCUUGCUAUAGUCGAGUGGAAGGUGGAGAUGUCUACUUUGAUGACCGCAGCUUGAGACUAUUUAAACGCCUUGUCACAGCAGAUAUCGGGGCUGACCUGAAUGAAGGCUUUGAUACGUUCAUUGAGAAGAGAGAUCUCGGCUCUCAGGGCUUUGGUGACCUUCUUGCAUGCAUUAGGCAUAAUAAAGAUAUUCAGCUUGAAAGGAUUCACUUUGUGACAUAUCGCAAUAACAUCAAUAAGAUAAUGGCAACAGCGUAUAUCAGGAAGGAGCCUUGGGAAAUGGGGGUUCACAAAAGGAAAGGCAUUGUCUAUUUGGAUGUGCACUCAUUACCAGAAAGGCCAAAAAGUGAGCUAGACAGAAGAAGGUGUUACUGGGGCUAUUGUUUUGAGAGCCUUGCCACUGAAGAUCUCGGUAGAGAUGGAAUUCAUGAUGUUGAUGCCAAUGUCGAGUAUUGUUCUGUUCUAAAAACCAAAAUAGGAGCUCACCGUGUGCUAAUGGGGGCUGAAAUGGACUGCUGUGAUUCAUGGGAUAAUAAUAACAAAAGAUUCUAUAUUGAACUGAAAACAAGUCGGGAGUUGUUGGAUCAUCGCACUGUGGAAAUUUUUGAGAGGGAGAAAUUGCUCAAGUUCUGGAUCCAGUCGUUCAUUGCUGGUGUACCUUUCAUUGUUGUUGGGUUUAGGGAUGAUAAUGGUUGUCUUCUCCGUAUCGAGAAAAUGCGAACCAAUGAGAUCACGCAAAGGGUAAAAGGCAAAGGUUAUUGGCAGGGGGGCGUAUGCCUUGCAUUUGCAGAUGAGGUCUUAUGCUGGCUCUAUGGGACGGUAAAGGAAAAUGAAGACUACAUCUUGCAGUUCACUGCACAUUCGAAUCGGUUGGAGCUCCUUCGGGCUCAGUCAUGCCUGGAAUCAAUUACCCAGCAUGUUCAAGAACUUGAUGGUUAACUUGUUGCAUUGUUGGGCUCUAUGAGAGAAGAAUGAAGACUACUUCAGAUCAGUUUGGCUCCCUUUUACAUUGGGAUCAGAUCAGGUUUUUAACCCUUUUUUUUGCUUUAUUGACACAAACCAAGUGUGGUAAUAGGUAAGCUUAUGGUUCUAUGUUGCUCUAUUAUAAGCUUGUCCAAGGCUAAAAGGGGAAUAUAUUUCUUGUUUUUUUGUUCCUAUAUACCAGACUUAUUAAUUUAGUUAAU